CGUUCAUUCCCAACUAAUUUACUUCCCCAAACUUCUGCAUUCCUUGUCAGAGAGAGAGAGGGGGGGUCCUGCUUCCGCAAAUCCCUUUCUUCAAUCUUCCGGAUUUGUUACAAAGUGUCUCUGUCAUUUGGGUCAAUAAAAAAACAGACCACAGGGAGAAGGAAAAACACCUAGGAAGGUCGACGAUGAUGGCGGCGGCGGCAGUGAGACGAGGAGGUUCAGAAGCCUUUUUCACUGGGUCCCAUUUUCAGCGAUGCCAAAUGAAAAUGACGGGUAUGAUUCUUCCAUCUCCAACCACUUCAUCAAUGUUGUCUAUCAACCACUCCAACUCCAUUUCUUCUUCUAGCAGUAGCUGUAGCAGUACAUAUCAACACAAAAAUGACGCUUCUUCUUCUUUUAGAAACAUUGAUGAUGCCCUUGCUUCUUUCAAUCACAUGCUUCAUAGGAAACCCCUGCCUUGUAUUAUCCAAUUCGCCAAAUUAUUGUCUGCAAUUGUCAAAAUGGGACAGUAUUACGAUGUUGUGAUUUCUCUUUCCAAACAAAUGGAAUUAGUUGGGCUCUCUCCUAAUAUUUAUACGCUUAGUAUCUUUAUGAAUUGCUUCUGCCAGUUGCAACGUGUUGAUCUUGGGUUCUCUGUCUUGGCCAAAGUCAUUAAACUUGGUCUUCAACCCACUAUUGUCACAUUUACCACCUUAAUCAAUGGGCUCUGUAAAGUGGGUGAAUUUGCCCAAGCCGUGGAAUUAUUUGAUGACAUGGUGGCAAAAGGGUGUCAACCUGAUGUCUACACAUAUAAUACGAUUAUCAAUGGCUUAUGUAAGAUUGGGGAAACUGCUGCGGCUGCUGGAUUGCUUAAGAAAAUGGAAGAGGCAGGCUGCCAGCCGAACAUGGUGACAUACAGUACACUCAUUGACAGUCUUUGCAGAGAUAGGCUGGUGAAUGAGGCUUUAGAUAUCUUCUCUUAUAUGAAGGCUAAAGGCAUUUCCCCAGAUAUUUUCACUUACACCUCUUUGAUCCAGGGCUUAUGUAAAUUCAGCCGAUGGAAGGAGGCUUCGGCUUUGCUAAAUGAAAUGACGAGUUUGAAUAUCAUGCCAGAUAUUGUCACCUUCAACGUGCUAGUUGAUACUUUUUGUAAAGAAGGCAAGGUUUCAGAGGCUCUAGGUGUGUUAAAAACAAUGACUGAAAUGGGUGUGGAGCCUAACGUUGUUACUUACAGUUCGUUGAUGUAUGGAUAUUCCUUGUGGACGGAUGUUGUUGAAGCUAGAAAGCUGUUUCAUGUCAUGAUAACCAAGGGUUGUAAACCAAAUAUUUUUAGUUAUAACAUCUUAAUUAAUGGAUAUUGUAAGGCCAAAAGGAUAGACGAGGCCAUGCAGCUUUUUAAUGAAAUGAUUCAUCAAGGCUUAACUCCGAACAAUGUUAGUUACAACACUCUUAUUCAUGGCUUUUGCCAAUUAGGCAAGCUCAGGGAAGCACAAGAUCUUUUCAGGAAUAUGUGCACUAAUGGCAACCUCCCAGAUUUAUUUACUUACUCAAUAUUGCUUGAUGGCUUUUGCAAACAAGGGUAUCUUGGUAAGGCAUUCAGACUGUUUCGAGCAAUGCAAAGUACUUACUUGAAGCCUAAUCUGGUGAUGUAUACCAUCCUGGUUCAUGCCAUGUGCAAAUCUGGGAAUCAUAAAGAUGCUAGGAAACUGUUUUCAGAACUCUUUGUCCAAGGGCUGCAGCCUCAUGUUCAGCUAUACACUACAAUAAUAAAUGGACUUUGUAAAGAAGGAUUGUUAGAUGAAGCAUUGGAAGCUUUCCGAAAUAUGGAAGCGGAUGGCUGCCCUCCAGAUGAAAUUUCUUAUAAUGUUAUUAUUCGAGGACUUCUCCAGCAUAAGGAUGAAUCAAGGGCGUUGCUACUUGUUGGAGAAAUGAGAGACAGAGGUUUCAUUGCAGAUGUGAGACCAUGCUUAAGUGAAGUUUGCCAAGCUUGGAACUCAAGGUCCAUUUCUUGAAAGAAAGAUUUACUUUCAAAUCAGAAAUGAAAAAUUCAGUGAAACUUUUUGAAGACAAUCCUCUUUUGUAUCCCUUUCUUGGAUACAUAGUAUAUUAUAGGAUUACUUACAGUCAUGGAGUUCAAGAAAGAGAAGCU